CCUCGAGUACUCUUGCUGACGGGCGCUCCUAAAGCAAGCGACAUUAAUGAGGAGCUUCGUGACACUUUUUUACCUUCCAUUAAAGGCUUUCUUGGAGACCAGGAAGCGAUCCUUCAAGAAAGCUGUCAAGAUAAGCUUUCUUCCGUCCCAAACUGGCGUUCAGUUCCGUCUCUCUCAUACGCCAACCUCCCAUCUUUCACCUCGAAUCAGUCAUUUGACUUAUGCCUUGGUAACACCUCACAAGGUUAUCUCCCAGGGACUAUCGACCUGCGUGCCGUUUCAUUCGAACCAGACACCAACAAUGAGUCUCCAUUUCCCGAGUCAGCCUCAGACAUGUCAACUUUCAAUGCGCAAAGCCAGUACUUACAACACUCCCUCGCGUUUCAUGAGACGCUUCAAUCCUCCCAAAUAGAGCCACCUCAUGACAGCGAAGUCGAUCUUCGGAACGUGGUGUCAUUUUCUAUCACAUCCGUUUCUUUUCAAACCGGCCCUUCUAAUGACACUUGGGUGCCCGGUGCCGCCCAAAUCAAUUCUGCUGCCAUUGCGGGUGACGAGUCUUACAUCUCCAUCCAGCUACCUUUUAAUCUGCCAAUUACCCCGUUGGGAUUGCUCCCUUCGGCCGAAUACCUCGAUUCUAUAUAUCCUCAAACACUGACACCUAAUUUUGUCGGAAUUGUCGCCUCAAUCUCACCACCUCGCUCAGUCAUAACACGGUCGAAUAAAGUCAUGAUGCUCUAUGACAUUCAAGUGGCGGACGAAACGGGCUCAGACUUCACCGUGACCUUUUGGUUGCCGCCACGCCCGAGUUCAGAGAAAAAUGUCACUAACCCUGGGAAACAAGACCAGCUCCGAAGGACCCUUGACUAUCUGCGAAGUGGAGAUGUGGUUCUUCUACGUAACAUCGCAUUGAGUCAUUUCCAUGAGAUUGUGUAUGGUCAGAGUCUUCAUCCACACAUAUCUCGGGCACGGACCGAACUCUAUCUGCUUGCGCGAGCUGGAGUUGACGUGAUAUCAACGAAUCAACUCGCGCCAGCUCUAAGGGAGAAGAUUGAGAGUGCGAAAUCGUGGGCGAAGCAAUUUGUCUCUUCGAACACUGUGCGUCCUAGUGAGCCGAGAGAGGAGCGGAAGGGGAAAAGGAAGCGGGGGGCAGAAGGCAACCAAUUGCCGCCAGAUACACAGAUCCUCUCCGAAGCAGAAUAUUAAGAGAUUUUACCUAAUUCUAAGGCAACCCUGUAAUUACUUCUCAAGGCCAUUAGGAAGGGGACUACUAAUCGUACACCCCCUAAUUCCUAGACAUACACCCCCUUUUCACUACACGUACACCCC